CCGGUUCCCCGCGUCCUUGCCUGGAAUACAGACUCGGCAAACGAAAGCGGGUCGGAAUAUAUCAUCCUGGAGAAGACUCCCGGGGUCGCCUUGGAUGAGAUCUGGGAGGGGCUGAGCACCCUGCAACGGUACAGUAUUAUCGAAAAGGUCGUCACUAUGGAAAAGGAGCUUGCCUGUCUGGAGUUUCCAGCCUAUGGGGCACUCUAUCUACGGGGCUCUUGAACCUGCUAACCUGGGACAUUAUCACAUCGCGGACGCGCGAGACAGCGCAGACUCUUUCUGCAUUGGACCGCUGUGUAAUGUGCGCUCCGAGCAGAGUGGUGUUGAGUCACCCCAGGAUCCAGGCACCUCCGGCCCCUGGGCAUCACUCGCAGAGUUCGCAUCAUUGUCAACUCAACUAAUGACAAGGAUUAAGCAACCCUGUCAAAAGGAUGACGGGGGCGAAGUUCGAUCCACAGUGCACGAGAACUCCGACCUUCCGGACACAGAGAGUCUGGAUUUGCUUGAGAGCAUUUCGACCAUAUUACCUAUUUUAUGCUCGGAUCACCGCAUUCUGAAGGUCUCCAAGCCCACCUUAUGGCAUCCAGGCCUAUCACUUGACAAUAUCCUCGUUUCGGCCACUGACCCUACAAAAGUUCUUGGGAUCAUCGGCUGGCGGUCCUCCGCCAUCCUCCCCCUAUUUCUCCAAACGCGAUUCCCCACGUUCCUAACAACCCCUCCCAACUAUAACCCUGGCGACCCGCUCCCCAGCCUAGCCGGGUUCGCUUCUUGGAGUCCGGAGCAAAAGCAAAGCGCCCUCAAGGCACAAGAUAUACUUGCUCGGUCCAGGUAUUACGAAAUGUGCAUAGUUGAGCACGACAGUCACCUGACACAUGAGGCGAUGAAUCUCGAUCGCAACCUGAGUGGACUAUUUCGAUGCCGAGAAUCAUUGUACCUGGUUGAUGGGAUUUCGAAGCUUCGUAGCCAUUUGAGAUCUGUCGCUGCCAAUUGGACUGCAUUGGGCCUGCCGGGGACCUGUCCUGUCACGAUCCGCGGCGGGGGGAGCAGCUAGUGCAACAUACAGUGGGAGGCAGGCUAACGCUGAUGAUAUUUCUCAUGGAGGAAAGGUUGGGAGGCUCCCUCAGAGGCGGUCGAAUGUCCUGCCCAAAUUAGCGAGUCGUAGAGUCGUAAGGUCGUUUCUCACAUCUUUUUUGCCUUCUUCGUAAUCACCGGCCCGGGAAGAAGUUUCAUUGAUAUACCCCUCCGGUUUUGAUGUCAAUAGCCCUAGCUAGCUAGCACAGAAUCCAU